AGGAAAAAGAAGAAGAAGAAGAAGUAGAACCAGAGCUGAUGGAAGGUUAUGCCUGCUCUGAACAAGUGUGGGCUCGUCGUCUGGACAGUUGGACUCGACGCCAGGAAGACUGGGCUCGUCACCAGGAAGAUUGGGCUCAACGCGAGGAAGAGCAGGAGAGCCACCGGCUAUUGCUGGCGAUGAGAUACAAGUACCCGGUCAACAUGUGCAGGGCAAAGACACAAUACUUGAGGGCCAUGGAAAGGCAGGAGUGGGAGCAAGAUAAGGGGGCAUUCGGUCUUGCUGGCCACGGUCGUUCCUCAUGGGCCACGGUGUAGGAAGAUGGCGUUGGGAGGACGUCCGUAGGCGAUCGUCACAUUGCAGAUGAGCGGACUUCAAUGAAGAAAGACAAAAUUGCUCCCAAAGAUCAAGAUGCGGGUUCCUCGUGGAUGGAGAGUGUGAGUUGCAUGUAAGUCAGGCUGUCAGAUGCGAGUGCGGUCUAUUUAGCGAUGCGGCGCAUGCGGCCGCAUGCCCGCUUGCUCCAAUCGUCAAGCCCGUUGUUGCUUACAUGCAUGCUAACAUGGACUCUGCCAUGCGUCAAGAAGAC